UGAUUUCAAGUUGCGCGAUAUCAGUUUACAAUUCCCUCUUGGAGAGCUCUCUGUGAUUUCUGGUCCAGCAGGUGCAGGAAAGAGCUUACUGCUAUUAGCCACGAUCGGCGAGGCAGAUCUGCUUGAUGGACAGAUCGUCUUUCCACAGAGACACUCACCACUUGCCUAUGAUGGACCGAGCAAUGAGUGGACAAUUGAUAAAUCAAUUGCGUUUGUUCCGCAGAAUCCUUGGAUCGAGAAUGGAACCGUUCGAGAAAACAUUCUUUUCGGCCUCCCGCUGAAUUCGGAACGAUACCGCGAUGUUCUGCACGCAUGCUGUCUUAAAGAUGACUUGGAUUCUAUGCAAGAUGGUGACCAAACCGAUCUUGGUGCUAACGGCGUCAAUCUAAGCGGCGGCCAAAAAUGGCGUGUUGCUCUAGCCAGAGCUCUUUACAGCCAUGCUGGAGUCCUUGUCCUCGACGAUAUUUUCAGCGCGGUGGAUGCUCGCGUCGGCCACCAUCUCUUCGAGAAAGCUUUAACAGGAAGCUUAACAAAAGGGAGAACGAGAAUCGUGGCUACGCACCAUACCGGCCUGUGUUGGAGUAAGAUGAAGUAUUACAUAGUGCUCGAGAAUGGGCGUGUCUCUUUUGCUGGCAAGCCUGAGAAUUACUGCCCAGACUUAUGUUCCAGUAACGCUGACUCUAUCCAACGUGUCAAUACUGCUGACUCUGUUGCGCAGCAGGGUCAUAUAGUCCCUGUAUCCAAUAGCCUGGCUGUGCCACAGCAGAAUCCAUCUGAGAGGGAUAUCAAAGGUAGGGCUUUUUACGAAGCCGAGACACGGGCGACAGGUGCCGUGAAACUGUCAAUUUAUAGCAUAUAUAUGCAGGCUUGCGGUGGCUACCUGUAUUGGAUUCCAAUUGCACUGACCUUCGGCUUUACUCUUGUGGCGGAAUUAGCAAUCCCAUAUUGGGUGUCAGUUUGGACGAGAGAUCUUGCAAACACACAGCCAGAUAUCGAAGUGAAUAUCCAGUCGUCCAACGACCUCUCUGCGCAUUCAGGUCGACAGUCCGCUGGUACCCGUCUCUGGCUGUACCUAGGCGUGUACGUCGGUCUUUUUCUAAUGUCAAUCCUAACUGAGAUUCUUCGCUACCGACUUGUCUUUAUGGCGUCAAUUCGAGGGUCGCUUGCUAUCUUCGAGAAAUUUUUGCUCAGAGUUUUACACGCUCCUCUAAGCUUUUUGGAUACAACACCCGUGGGUCAGAUCCUCAACCGCUUCAGCGCUGACUUCAGCACACUAGAUUCUGAUCUGGCACUGGAUCUGCCCAAUAUGCUGCAUGGUGUUUUAAUGCUUCUUAGUGUUAUUAUCGCGGCACUUUUUAUCUCGCCACUUAUGGUGGGCUUCGGUUUCAUUUCGCUCUUUCUGUCUUGGUAUAUCGCCUCGCUGUAUGUCACAGCGGCUAGAGAUGCUAAAAGGAUAGAGAGCAAUGCUAGGUCUCCUAUCUUCGAGCAGUUUGGAUCGAUCAUUGACGGUCUAGUCACGAUCAGAGCUUUUGACAAAGUUGGUCAAUAUAUGCAUCGUAUGUAUAACACGAUGGACGCGCAUUGCCAAGCUCUAUGGCAUUUGCGUCUUUUCAACUGUUGGAUGAUGUUCCGUCUGAACAUGAUCGGAGCUUUGUAUGUGACUAUGACAGCAGCACUGAUCGCAACCCUUAAAGGCGUUGAUGCGUCCGUGGCAGGGUUUGCUCUCAGUUUCGCUUUACAGAUGUCUGAGGUCGUCGCUUGGGUAUUGUCGGAAUACGCUGAGCUCGAGCUGGACUUCAAUGCUGUUGAGCGCAUUGUAGAAUACACUCAAAUCGAGACAGAGCACCAAGGUGGCAUGGAUGCUCCAGCUGGAUGGCCUUCAAAAGGCGAGAUUGAGGCGAAUGAUCUUGUCGUUGGAUACGCACGAGACUUGCCACCUGUUUUACGUGGGUUGAGCUUCUUAAUUAACCCUAACGAGCACAUCGGCAUCGUCGGACGUACUGGCUCUGGCAAAUCAUCACUGACACUCGCACUUCUGCGCUUCCUCGAGGCACGGUCCGGAUCUUUACACAUUGAUGGAAUGGAUAUUUCUAAGCUGAGACUCCGCGCUCUCCGCUCGAAGAUAGCAAUUAUCCCACAGGACCCGGUUAUCUUCUCAGGAACCCUGCGAUCGGUCCUCGACCCGUUUAACCAGUAUACAGACUCUGAGCUCCUCGCCGCUUUAGCGAAAGUCCAUCUCAGACCCUCUAUGGACGAUGAACAGAGCUCGGAGCUAGAAGGAACAGAGGAUGAUUGUAGUAACACUGCAUUAUCUCUUUCCUCGCCAAUCUCCGAGCGGGGCAAGAAUCUGUCCCAGGGCCAACGUCAACUAGUGUGUCUAGCUCAGGCUUUGCUCUCCCGCCCGAAGAUCCUCAUAAUGGACGAGGCAACUUCUUCCAUUGAUAUGAGCACGGAUGCGCUGAUCCAGCAGACUAUUCGUCAAGAAUUCCGUGACUCUACUCUCAUGGUCAUUGCUCACCGACUGUCCACUGUGGUGGACUUUGACCGAAUCAUGGUCUUGGGAGAAGGGAGGAUAGCCGAGUUUGAUACACCGGCUGCUUUACUGAGAAAUGAAGGGGGCCCGUUCUGGACCUUAAUCGACAAGAGCGGGGAGAGGGAUUCGUUGCGUCGUAGCAUUCUGCUGGGUGAGAGGCAAGCAUAG